AUGACCUCCCACGCUUCUCACGCCAGCUCUGGCUCCAACGUCGUCGGCGUCCAUUACCGCGUCGGCAAAAAGAUUGGAGAGGGUUCGUUUGGUGUCAUCUUUGAAGGUACCAACCUGCUCAAUAGCCAGACCGUUGCCAUCAAGUUUGAGCCGCGCAAGAGCGAUGCUCCGCAACUGCGAGAUGAAUACCGUACCUACAAGAUCCUCUCCGGCUGCCCCGGUAUUCCUCAGGUGUACUACUUUGGUCAGGAGGGUCUGCACAACAUUCUGGUCAUCGACCUGCUCGGCCCGUCGCUUGAGGAUCUCUUUGACAUGUGCGGCCGCAAGUUUAGCAUCAAGACCGUCGUCAUGACCGCCAAGCAGAUGAUCACGCGUGUUCAGACCAUCCACGAGAAGAACCUCAUCUACCGUGACAUCAAGCCAGACAACUUUCUCAUCGGUCGUCCCAUGACCAAGGGCGCCAACCUCGUGCACGUCGUCGACUUUGGCAUGGCCAAGCAGUACCGCGACCCCAAAACUAAGCAGCAUAUUCCUUACCGUGAGCGCAAGUCGUUGAGCGGUACCGCACGAUACAUGUCGAUCAACACGCAUCUAGGCCGAGAGCAAUCGCGAAGGGAUGACCUCGAGGCAUUGGGUCACGUGUUUAUGUAUUUCCUGCGCGGUGGCUUACCAUGGCAGGGUCUCAAGGCGGCCACCAACAAGCAAAAGUACGAAAAAAUUGGCGAAAAGAAGCAGAGCACACCCAUCAAGGAACUUUGCGAAGGAUUCCCCGAGGAGUUUGGCAUCUACCUCAACUACGUUCGCAAGCUCGGAUUCGAGGAGACACCCGACUACGACUUUUUGCGCGAGCUAUUCACCAAGGUGCUCAAGAGUUCGGGCGAACAGGAGGAUGGCGUGUUUGACUGGAUGCUGCUGAACAACGGCAAGGGAUGGGAGGCAGGUACCAGCCGUGAUCGUCGCGACGAGCGCGAGCGCGAGCGUCAGCGCGAAACACGUGCGUCGGCUGCGCCGCAAGCAUCGGCAGCAGCUGCGCAACAGCCCGCCGCGCUGGCUCGCAACGGGUCCAAGGGUGGACGCAAGUCGGGUGGAGCUCAGCAGCACCUGCAGAGCGAUCGUUCGCAGGCAGGACAACUGCGGGCCAGCCACGGCGACUACACGCAGAGUGGAUCAGGAUACGGCGGUGUCGGACACGCAUCCAACGUGGCCGUUCACGACGCUACCGUGGUGGGCAUUCCAAACCAGAAUGGUACCAGGGAGCACAGUCAUGUGGGACACAUGACGCCAACCGCCAUGUCGUCCGGAAACGGGCUCGAUCGUCGUGGCGAUACGCGUCAGGCAGUGGGCAUCAGCAACGGCGACGAUCAUCACCCCGCGGAACGCAAGACGGUUGGUCAGAAACUCAUGGAUGUGUUGACGUGUCGAUGUGGAUGA